AUGAUAGAUCCUUUAGAGAACAACUUGUUUGAUCUUCCUGAUUAUGAGAAUACAGAAGAUGAAACGUUCCCACCUCUUCCACCUCCUGCCUCUCCAGGAAGAGAUGAUGUUGAAUGGGCUCAAGCUAAUGGAGAUGGAAACCAGCAGUCACAAGCAAAAGAUUCUGCUGUACCUACACGGAAAGCAGUUAAAAGACCAAUGCCUAAACUAGAUGCCCAGAGGUUAACCUCACAAAGAGGACUUCCAGCCCUGAGACACAUGUUUGACAACGUGAAGUUCAAGGGUAAGGGGCACGAGGCAGAAGACCUGAAGACGCUCAUACGACACAUGGAGCACUGGGCUCAUAGACUAUUUCCAAAACUGCAAUUUGAGGAUUUUAUUGACAGAGUAGAGUCUUUGGGAAACAAAAAGGAAGUUCAGACCUGCCUAAAGCGGAUUAGACUUGAUCUUCCUAUUUUACAUGAAGACUUUGCAAGUAAUGAAGACGGUGGAGGGGAAAUCAAUGGACUGGAUACAGCCACCGAAGAUGCGCAUUCCUCCUCUGGAAACGUAGAACAACUCGGUUCUCUGUCUGGUACAACUCUCACGGAAGAGCAACAACAGCGAAUCAAGAAGAACAGGCAGCUGGCCUUGGAACGGAGGCAAGCCAAGAUGCAGGGUGACAGCCAGGUGCAACGCAACGAACUCUCUGCUACUUACUCGGAAGAGGAGUUUAAUACCACAGUUGCUCAGGAUCCCACUGACCUUAUCAAAGACGCUCAAGCUACCGCAACCCAGGCUGCUGUCACAGAAGCUGAAGAUGGAGAUACAGAAUUGGAAUGUGCCGGUGAAAAGCAGUAA